AUGGAGCCUGUAAUUGGCGCUACUGGCGCUCCGCUUGCUCAGCAACCAGAAGAGAUGUUCAAGUUCGUCCUUGAGCAGGCGUCAACGCCCAAGUGCGCCGCGAGGCUGGGUCACUUGACUCUCCGUGGACGAAAUCCGAUCUCAACACCGCACUAUGUUGUCCCGACUUCGCGGGGCGUGAUUCCUCACCUAUCACAGGAUAAUCUACAGAAGCACACCAACAUCUCCGCUGUCUAUGUGCCCUUGGAAGACUUCAUUGAGAAGUCGCACGCAAAUGCACCCCUCUACAAUACACCCGUACAAAAUGGGGAGUCUCCAUUACGGCGGUAUAUCGGUCUGCCCGAUAGAUGCCUGUCUGUACUCGGCAUGCGCAGAGUCCCCAACAUACCUUGUCCGGCUCACAACACGAAUUCGUCCGUCGCCAUUUCAACAUCAGUGGGAUUCAGGUUUCUUGAGAUUGAGCAGUAUCACGAAGCGAUUCGAAGGCUGAAAGCCGACAUUUCAACCAGCGUACCUGAUCUGAUCAGUACAAAGGAAGCCAGCGCCAAAAGGAUAGAAAAGAGCGUGGACAGGACACAUGCGUGGUUGCGAGACUUUGUGGAGAGUAAAGAGGAAGACGAAGGGUUUUCCUUCUUUGCGGCCAUCCCCCCGUACGAAUCGCAACUUUUGUCGUUGUAUCUUUCCGACUUGAAGGACGAAUACAAGUCUCACAUCUCGGGGCUGUGCGUCUAUUCGCCCUCGACGGUGGUUAGCCUGCCAGAAGCGCUCCGGGAUAUCCCUACGAUAUGCCUGACCGAUCCGUUGUCACCACAGGCAGUACUCGCAGCAAUCCACGUGGGAGUCGAUCUCUUGACGGUACCUUUCGUGACGCAAUCUUCGGAGCAGGGAAUGGCGUUGUCGUUCACCUUUCCAGGAUCUUCGGACACUUUGAAUCAACCCCUCGGAAUCGAUCUCUGGUCCACCACCCACGCCACAGACCUCUCCCCCUUGACUCCCAAUUGUGCCUGUUACACGUGCACACGCCAUCACCGCGCGUACGUGCACCAUCUCCUCCAAGCGAACGAAAUGCUCGCAUGGACACUGCUCCAAAUCCACAAUUUCUCUGUCAUCGAUGCCUUCUUCUCUGCCAUCCGGCAAAGCAUCCAGAACCGAACAUUCGAAGACGAUACCAGGAUGUUCGGUCGUGCGUAUGAAUCCGGAUUGCCGACACCGACGGGCCAGGGACCGAGGUUGAGGGGGUACCAGAUGAAGAGCGUUGGGGGAGGUGAACCGAAAAAGAACCCCAAGGCUUAUGGGAAGCUGGAUGAUCAGAUGCAGAAACUUGCGGAGGCAGAGAGCGGCGUCGCUACCCCGGAUGGCGAUGCAGAUGAUAUUUUAGCACACGGAUUAGCGAAGAAGGUCGAAUGA